UUGCCUGUACUGCCUCUGGCACGGCACUGUGUGUGAGCGCCGGUACUCUCCGUGAGCCGCUCAGUCUGUCCACCGCAGGAAACACAGGAGGGAGACUGCAGCUCGGGGCUCAGUCCUGACCAGGUAAAUCGGGAGGAUGAGGCACACAACGUCUAAUUUAAUCUUCACCACUGGGCUGAUGAUGGGAUUUUUCUCCCUCCGCUUUAUGUUGGACUUGAACUUUUCAGCAGAACAACUCCUGUAUGUUGGGAGGGAUGGGAGGUAUCAAGUCCAACAGGAUUCACAGCAUGUGCACACAGGUGAGAACAAGAGCUCAGCAGCCAAUUCCUCCCAUACAACACGGAUCUUGUGCUGGAUCAUGACAGGGCCCAAGAACUUGGAAUCCCGAACCAAUCACAUCAGGGAAACAUGGGCCAAGCGCUGUGACAAAGUGCUUUACAUGAGCUCUGUCAAGACUGACUUUCCCACUGUGGAUCUGAACGUGUCAGAGGGCAGGGACAACCUGUACUGGAAGACCAUCCGAGCCUUCCAGUACAUCCACCAGCACCACCUUGAUGAAGCCGACUGGUUCCUGAAAGCAGACGAUGACACUUUUGUGGUUGUGGAGAAUCUGCGCUACACCUUGUCCAAAUAUGAUCCAGAGAAACCGUUGUACCUGGGCAGAAGGUUUACCCCCUUCAUCAGUCAAGGCUACAUGAGUGGAGGAGCAGGUUAUGUCCUUAGUAAGGAAGCACUGAGAAGAUUUGUUAAAGGAUUCAACACUGGGGAAUGUACCCACUUUUCCACUAUAGAAGACAUGGCUCUGGGGAAAUGUAUGGAGACGAUGAAGGUGGAGCCAGCAGACUCCAGAGACGUAAAGGGGAGACAAACAUUUCAUGCUUAUCCUCCGGACUAUUAUUUGAUCAGACAGCCUCCAAGACCACGACCUUGGUAUCUGCUUUACGAUCACUAUACUCCAAUAGAGGGUCCAGAUUGCUGCUCAGAUUUUGUUGUGUCCUUUCACUACAUUUACGCUGUCCAGCUGUACGUUUUGGAGUAUCUGACAUACCAUCUGCGGCCAUAUGGAUACAAAUACAGAUUUAAUCCUGAAGACAAAACUGACUUUAAUGCCACAACUAAGUCUAUGUAAAAUGUCGGUGUCUGCACUAACUGGAGAAGGGGUUGAGGGUAGUGGCAGGUUUCAGAGCCAAGCUUAACUUAUAAUGUAUUUAAUUCUCUCUUACCAUACAUUUAUAUCACAAGGAUUCUCAAGUUAUUCUUGCAACAGUCUGAUUUCAACUGUGAAAACUGUUUAUGAUGUUUAGGGUGUGAGUGGGUCUGUAUUAAGCUGUCACUGUGUGUAACCACAAAUGAAGAUUCAGAUUUUAAGGUGGUGUGUUCCUUUAACCCGUGUUCCUAAUUUCAUCUUUUAUGAAGGUGCAACUUACAUACUGUGCUUCUUUCUCUGGGAAAACAUUGAUGUACAUUGUAUAUUAAAAUUGCUGAAAAAGUUUGUUCUGACAGUAGUACAUGAGACAGUUGAACAAAAACAACCAGAGUCCGGAAACAUAUGAAAACCCUUUGGGUUGGUAGCUUGAUGUGUCAAAUUUGGGACCCUGGUAAUGAGACUCAUCAAUCAACUAUCUUUCUUGGCUCUGAUUGGUUGUUUUUCACAGAUUCUGUUUCAUGUACCGCUGUCAGAACAGGGAAAAUUUGAGCAAUUAUUUUUAAAAGAGUUACCUACUGCUACAGCUUUAAUUAGCAUCAUUAUUUCACGUCACAGCAGCUGAAUAAGGCAGAAGCCAUUCGUUCCAAUACGAGCAGAACUUGGGACAGUUUUGGUCCACACACUUAUUCACUGCUAAGAGUUACAUGAAAAGAUUGAUAUAACUUCCAAGCUUGUACAAUAAAUAUGAAGCUACUGCUGGCACCUGGUUAGCUUAGCUUAGCAUAAAGACUGGAAACAUGGAACCAGCUAGUCUGGCUCUUUCCCAAAAGUCCCAAAAUGUACCUACAACCUCCUGUAAAGCUCACUUACAUGUAACGCUUAGUAAGUAAGGAAGUAAGUUCACGUCUUACUGGGUUUUGUGUAUGGGAUUAUUUUUUUGUCUAAGACCAGUAGAUGGAUUGUACUUAUAUAUAUAGCACCUUUCUAGUCUUUCCACCACUCAAUGCGCUGUACACUACAUGCCACACUCAACCAUCCACACUCAUUCAUAUACUGAUGGCAGUGGCUGUCAUGCAAGGUGCCAGCUGCUCAACGAAAAGGAAACUAAUCAUUCAUACACACUCAUUGCAAUUUGGGGUUCAGUAUCUUGCUCAAGGAUACUUCAGUUAGUGGACUACCCGCUCUACCUCUGAGCCACAGCUGCCCCCACAACUUCCUGAAGUGUGUAAUCAAGCAUGCAUUAACAUUGCACACUCGUCUUUCCUGUUCUUCAGUUUCUGUAGAGAUCAAAAAAGAUGUAACGAGCUUCAGGUGUGGUGUUAGGUCAAAAUGUUCAAAGCAGAAUAUAAUUACACUGAAUAUAUAAGUAGAAGCCAUUUGUUGCAGUACCAGUGUUUCCAGUCUCAUCAGUCUUAUGCUAAACUAAACUAACCAGGUGCUAGCUGUAGCAGAUCAACCUACCAAUCUAACACAUGGCAAGAAACUGAAUAAGUGUAUUUCCCAAAAUGUCAGACCAAAAUGUACCUCUCUACUGUCACUAAAUUGUCACUUAAACUCUCUAUUCAUUUUUUUCAGACUUUCUAUACAGCCAGAGGCUUUAGCAUGUAGCAGCAGUGUACUCUAUGUCCAAUGUCAUAUGUAUGUGUGAUGCACUGUCGACAAAGGUAAUUGAAAUGGACAAUCUUUAAGAAAUUAUAUUUUAUUUAUUGAAAAAGUUUUGUUUAACUACCAUGGUCUACGUUUACUAUUCCUUCUGCCACUUUUACACUGUUAAACAAUUAAACAAUAUAUUUUACAGUCAA